UGAUCGGUCGUUGUACACGUCGGCAUGUCACUUCAUCAUCAAUGCUAACCCAGUAGGUUACAUUGCAGUUUCGUGCAUAGGCAAUGCUUUGUCAUAAAUUUUAGAGGAAUGCAUCUGUCGCCUUUGUUUUCAGACAAGAGGAACUCUUUCUUUGAGCGCAGUAGUACUGAGAAGGGGUGUUAUGCGUCGUGUUAAUGGGAAAAUGCUUGAUAACUCGAUAGGGAUAACUCGGAAGGGGCAUCCCAUGUAGUAUAUGCGUAACAAUGGUCUGUGUCGGGUUGUAGCUUCGAAAUAAGGUUUGUUCAUACGAUUAUUAGCGUUUUUAUUAUGCUUUUAAUAUCAGACCAAUAACAAGGCCAGGUAUUCAGCAUGAUAUCCAUUCUGCCGUUCACUCCACCGGUGGUGAAGCGUCUGUUAGGUUGGAAAAAAGGGGAGGGCGAGGACAAAUGGAGCGAGAAAGCAGUGAAAAGUUUAGUGAAAAAACUGAAAAAAUCUGGUGGUAUGGAUGAACUGGAAAAAGCUAUAACUACGCAGGACGUCCACACCAAGUGCAUCACAAUUCCCAGCUUGUGCUCGCACAGAUCGCUGGACGGGCGGCUGCAAGUGUCGCACCGUAAGGGGCUCCCACACGUCAUUUACUGCCGCUUGUGGCGCUGGCCUGAUCUCCAGAGCCACCACGAGCUGCGGGCGACAGAUAACUGCGAGUAUGCCUUCAACCUGAAGAGGGACGAGGUCUGCAUCAACCCAUAUCACUACAAGAGAGUUGAGACGCCCGCAUUGCCCGCUAUCCUUGUUCCCCGUCAGUCUGGGGACAUCCCUUCAGAGCUGCCCAUUCUGGAUGAUUAUGCUAACUCUGUACCAGAGAAUACGGAUUUUCCGUCAAGUUUAGAAGCACAGACUUUUCCACUAACUGAAACUCCCCCACCGGGUUACAUGAGCGAGGACGGAGAAACCACUGAUCAAAAUGGUGCAGACAGCAUGGAUACAGUACUUCUUUCUUCCCCAAGUCCCCCACCAGAUGUGCAGCCGGUGACCUAUACCGAGCCCGCUUUCUGGUGCUCCAUCUCCUACUACGAGCUGAACACGCGAGUAGGGGAGACUUUCCACGCCUCACAGCCGUCACUCACUGUAGAUGGCUUCACUGACCCGUCAAGUUCGGAGCGUUUUUGCUUGGGACUCCUCUCAAAUGUGAACCGCAAUGCUGUCGUCGAACAGACACGCAAACACAUAGGUCGUGGAGUACGGCUGUAUUAUAUAGGUGGUGAGGUGUUUGCAGAGUGCCUGAGCGACAGCAGCAUCUUUGUGCAGAGCCCCAACUGCAACCAGAGGUACGGCUGGCACCCUGCCACUGUCUGCAAAAUUCCGCCAGGUUGCAACCUGAAAAUUUUCAACAACCAGGAGUUUGCGGCCUUGUUGACCACUUCCGUGUCUCGGGGCUUCGAAGCAGUGUACCAGUUGACGCGCAUGUGUACCAUUCGCAUGAGCUUUGUCAAAGGAUGGGGUGCAGAAUACCGGCGCCAGACUGUGACCUCUACUCCGUGCUGGGUGGAACUGCAUCUCAACGGGCCCUUGCAAUGGCUGGACAGGGUACUCACACAGAUGGGUUCUCCUCGCAUACCCUGCAGCUCCAUGUCCUGAGUGCCAUUCCCUCAGGUCCUUGAGGGCCAAAGUCAUGACACAUUGAGGUGGUGCAUCUGGUUUCUUCUCAUGGAGGCUUGUGUGAAUUCAACAUCCUUCCUGGUCACUACAAGAUGGGCUGUUCUUACAUUUGUUCUUUCAUCACUGCUGAGCAUAAGGUAUAAUAGUAUGUCAAUUUGAGGGUUUUAGUACUAGCUGAUUUUACGGGCUACUUUUUGUUACACCUUUUUUUAUGUGUCAGGCCAGUAUUUCCGGUAAUCAUCUCAGCCACAAAACAUUUGUCAUCCUAUAAUCGGUGAACUGCUUUUAUGGGGGAUCACGUGGGAGUUUCUUUUUUCUUUUCUGUAACCCUCAGAGUGUCUUCAUUAAUAGCAGCAAUGCUUUCUUGCUUGCAUGAGAUUGACUGUGGAUAUUAUUUUUGUGCUAGUAUAGUGUUAAUUCGCGUAAUACACCUGGAGCUGUUGUGCUAUACUGCGUAAUUCAAUACAAGCUCCUAAUGACAUUCUAGUUGCCUAGCUCAGAUGGGCGAGACAUUGUUUGAAUAUUGGACAGGACCCGUAACCAGCAUUGCAAGGUUGGAAAUGUCUACUUUGUUAAGAGCAAUACUCACCAAAUGUCACUAAAUUAUCUGCAUCCCUUGCACUCCCCGUUACUGCUCAAAACACACACAUACACAAAAAGACCCCUAAAAAAACGGCUAAUUGAAUUCAGGCUGUGUUGAAUUCCCAUAAGACGGUAAGAGGUCACCAAAUGAAGGCAACAAAACCGUUUGAACUAUAACAGUCCAAAAUGAAAGUGAAUAUUUUUGGUGAGGCCCAUAUUUCAAAUGUCGGCCAUCUUUUUGGGCCAUGCAGAUAUCAUUUCAGUUAAUGUUUCACUGCACAGUAUAUGCUCCAUCAGUGUGAACCACUACAGAUCACAGUGGAGUAACAACCUUGUUAUCCAAAAGUGGGUAUGUAACAUCUCUGAAUGCCACCUGUUCUAAUUGCACAUUUUGGUUCUGAACUUUUCCUAUGCCUUUCUUUUUUUUUUGUGGGCAUUAUCUUGUUCAGUGUGUCUCUUGCACACAUUGUGCCAACGAAGCACGCACGCAGUGUGGGUGGGUGCAAUACAGUUUUCCUUGCACAAAGUUGAAAGAGUGUGAUAGAGUAUGUGGUAGAGAGGCUCAGAGCUCUCCAUUUGUUACAUUUUUUGGAGGAGCCUUUGAAAGAAGUGUCAGCUGUAGCUGCAAAAUGUACAGAAGAGAGUAAUUUUAUGGGGUGGUAUAAGCAGGCAUUGCCACAGUCACCACAACUUGCUGCGAUGUUCGAAGUGUGGACUGGAGUGGGAUUCGUGCAGUAGGGAGAGGAAGUCGCCACACACAGUUUUUCCAGUGGUAAGCCGCCGCCCAAGGACCUUCCACUGUGUAACAUGUGGUCCUUGUGGUUGAAAGACCAGUCAGUCCGUUGGUGGCCACCUACAGGGUGAAUUUAGCAAAGGUUACACAUUUCAGUCAAGUCGUAAAAAUAUAAGAUAACGUCUCCGGGGCUUCGAACUUUGCAGACUGAUAGUCAUUUGCCUGGAAGUUUUAGCCAUAUUUUUUAGCCAUAUUUUUUUCCGAAUGCUUUCACUUUGUAGAAACAAAGUUAGAAGCAAAGCAAAUUCUCACCCCUUGCAUUUCCUAUGGGCAAUACCACCCGCAAACCGCCAUUUUUUUCCCCUCUCUCUGCUUCGCGUUCACAUCACCACGUAUAGGUGGCGAUGCCUGGAGACGAAGCAAAACCAGAACCAAUUUAACAACCAACAACCAGAUGGACCAGAUGCGGGGUUUCGAAGCAGCGCCACCUAUACAUGGUGAUGUGAACGUGAAGCAGAGGAAAAAAAUGGCGGUUUGCGGGGCGGUACAGGCUAUAGGAAAUGCAUGGGGUGAGAAUUUGCUUUGCUUCUAACUUUGUUUCUACAAAGUGAAAGCAUUUGGAAAAAAAUAUGGAUAAAACUUUAGGCGAAUGACUACCAGUCUGCAAAGUUUGAAGCCCCGGAGACGUUAUCUAUUUUUACGAUGCGACCAAAAUGUGUAACCUUUGCUAAAUUCACCCUGUACUUCAGAUAAAUUUUGUUGAAAGCUUGUACUGAGUGGUUAAUGCCUACCAUCCCAGAAAGCUUGAAGCAUGAAACUACAGUAAAUAACCAUUAAUACCAACAAGGUCGGUUUUUUUUUGUUUUAUAUGCCCUCCUUCUGUUUCGUGAACUUUCCUCUAGUCAUCGUAUGUCUACCUUUUGGUUUUCCUCUUUUUAUUUGCCUCCUGUAUGUGGUGAUACUGGUCAUCACCUUCUCAAUUUCUUUUGUACUUUGGAAUGCAGAAGAGAAGUAUUAACACACCUAGUUGCCAUAAUGAUGUGAGGAUGUAAGUUUGCUUUUAAAGGUUAGGAAAUCCUUCAGAUUAGCAAUUUGUGUGAAGUUGCCAGCACAUGUUGAAGAACCAUUGCAGUGCAGUGCAGCGUGUGAGAGAUGAACCGUUACGCAUUAACUUGAGGUGUUAGAUCUUUAAUCCCUGUACAGUAGCAAGACAGCAUAUGGCUUCAACGACGUUCGUUCCUUUUUGUACGUGGCAAGUGUGUGUACUGUACUUCGAAUUUAAUAAUGUCAUUAUUCAUGCGCAUGUUGCUCCCCUUGAUAUCAUCCAGGUUAUGCAGUCAUGACACAGUUUCACUUAUCUGGGUAAUUCAGAUGCCCACCCAAUAAAAGCAACUUGGUGCAUUUUUUUAGCUCCUAAUUACCCUUUCUGUUCUAUACCUCGGAUAACCCAAGCAAAUGUAUUUUUCAACUGUAAGUGUAUGCAUCAAAAGGUAAUGUGCUUUGUUAAAUUUCAUUGUCCUCCUCGUAACCCAUCAAAGGUGUUGUGUUGUACCUUCAGACCUGCAGCAAAGGCUGUUUUGCAACUUGUCAAAACGUGAUUAUAAAGCGGAACCAUUGUUCCAGAAUGUGAUUGUCACUUAAGUGUGUUGGGCUAUUGUAAUAUUCAUGCAAAAAUCAAAAUAAGAAAUGAGUUCCUCUUUGACGAAGCCUUUGCUAGCAAUCACAUUAUUGUCUGUCCGGCCCCUAGGCAUCGCUCCACACCUUUGAGAUAGGUGGCAUUCACUUUAAGACAGGGUUUUCACUUCGCACCAACCGAGAGCUGUAGAGUAAUGAGCUGAUUGUACUUUGUAUUUACAGAUUUAAAAAUGUUACUGUGCUACACUGUAUACAAGUGGAGGUAUACUAAUGGUGCACGGACAAUAAUGCUAAAUGUGAUAUUACAAUGGCAUGUGUAUAGGGAAAGGGUAAAUCAAAGCAUUUAACUGCCUCCGUAGCAUUCAAGUAAAAAGUGUGCACUUUGGAUCUUGCACAAAGUGCACUUUUUUUUUUUUUUUUUUCGUGACACUGAUUUUUCUGUAAUCAUAUAGUGGGUAAUUGUGGUUAACACAAGAGGGCAUGAUUUUUGUUCAGUCACCAUGGCUGGUUGGUUGGAUACCAAUAUGUGCAGCUCAUUUACAUACUUACUCAGCCAUUUUGCUUUGCAGUUGAGAGCUCAUGGGGACAUGUACAUAGGAUCUGGGUGUUUGUGCAUGCCUUUUCAAUGGAGCUCUUUGCUGAUGAAAUGGUGCAACAAAUAAACCUGAUCAGGGAAAAUGGA